AUGUCUUCUAGUUCCUCUAUUAACUCUUCUUCCAAUCAAAUCCUUCCGGAAAAUCGCCGCGAACCCUCAGAGCCGAGCUCCUCCUCUUCAAAUCCUCAUCAAUCGAGUUCGUCUCAGGAAGAGAGCAAUCCUCCACAGUUAGUUCGUAAGAACUCCAAGUCGGUGGAAGCUGGCAGCAGCCGUGCUAGACCUAGGGUUGAAGCCACCGAGCACCUGACUACAGAGACUCGUGAAAUGGUAGCUCGGACCGGGCCGAACGCUAGCGGUAAUGAUCAUGAGAUCGAGGAGAUCGAAGAACCUGAAGGAGAGAAUGAGGAAGAGAACGCUACUGAGGAAGAGGUUGCCGAGGACAACCUCGAUGCUGUGAACCACGCUUCACCACCGCUUCCAAGACGAAGGAUCGUUCGUCCCAACAACGUACCAUCUUCCUCGGUUACCUCGGGUGCUAUUCAGGCCAUGCUCGAAGAAAAUGGGCUCUCGGACCAGGUUGCUUUCAUAAUUCCCGAAGCUGGAGAUCGGCCGUGGGACGUGCCCGAAGGUUUCCUCUGCAUCUACUUGACCUAUUUCACGCAGUGCGGGCUCUCGCUUCCUAUUCCCUCUCGUCUCCUCGGGUACUGCAACCGGCGCGGUGUAGGUCUUACACAGGUGAUGCCAGCCUCGGUAACGAACUACAUAGGGUUCGUUACCUUAUGCGAGGAGCUUGGUGAGAUCCCCUUCAGUCGACUGUUUGAGGACCUCUUCUCGGUGAACAUCCACAAAUCCAAGGAGUGGUUCUUCGCCGCAAACGCUAAGCCGAAGAAGAACAUAGUUACUGGGCCUAAACCCAGUAAAUUCAACGACUGGGAAUCCUUGUAUUUUUAUCUCGAAAUGAACGAUCUCACCGUCAGCAAUUCUGACAUACCAACUCAAUCGGAGUGGAAGAUUCCGAUUGGUCGUCAUCUUCCAAGUCUUAUUCUCAAUUCCGGGCUUACUUCUGAGUUCGAAGCAGCCUUCAGCAAAGCCGGUAAGCGUCGUUGGCCUGAGGUGUGGGAAGAGAUUCUCCAACGCCGAUCUAAGAAAGCAGCUUCUGUCUGGGAACCGAAAUCGCGGAAGCCGAAAGCUCGAGCUAACAAGCCUCGAGCUGCUCCAAGACGAAAAACACCUAAGUCGCGAGCCCAACAGACCCGAGCUGCAAGGAUGCUCUCAUUGGACGAGAUCCCAACUCUCUUUGGCGAAGAAGAACCGAACGUGGCUGAUCCGACCCCAAUCCCUGCUACCGGAGGGAUCAAUGAGCAGCCGGAGGAGUUGCCACCUGCUGCGAACUCACCUGACCAAGCCGGUCAGAAGAAGCUGAAGAAAAAGAAAUCUUCAAAAAAGAUUAAGAAGAUUGAAGACUCUUCUCGAGCACAGGACGCAGCUAUCGAGCUCGAGCCUCCUACAAUCGCGACGUCGGACCUCGCAAUUCCUCACAACCAGGCUGAAGCUUCUCACUCUCGGAAGAGGCAGAUGAGAGACCAAGCCGAAGGCUCUCCAGGACCGGAGCCAGCCAAAAGGACCAAGGUGUGCUUUGAUUACGACGAAGAGGGUCCUUUUGAGGAGAACGUCGACGCUUGCGCCGAUCUUUAUCACAAGAUCUCCUCUGAUGUGCCGAGUCUUCCGGCUAUCUCCGAGCUUCGGUUCCCCAAGUUGUACAAGGGGAUUGCUCGCACAACAACCGUGGUAGCUCUCUAUGACGAGCAAGUUAGGGUUGCUGAACUCGUGGAAAGGGUCUCCAAAGCAGAAGAGCGCCUUGCCACCGAGCUCCAAAUCAACGACACUCUCCAUUCUUCAGUUGAUUUACUGAAGCAAGAGAGUGCUGAACUAAAAGCGGUGAGAAAGGAGCUCACCGAGGCCCAGAACAUGCUUGUUCAAGAAUUCGAGAAGGAUCGAGAGCGGCUGCGGGAUUUGGUAUCGCACUGGAAGAAUCGAGCUAACAGCGUUCACGCGAAGGCCUGGGAGCGCUUAGAGAAAGUCAUCCAGAGCUUAGACGAUGCUGAUCGAGCUCGUAAGCCAUACCUGGUGGUCAACCAGCUCACCGGAGUUCUCGGCUUCAGCAAGCAGCUCAAGAAAAAAGGCUUGUACAAGGUCCUGCCUGAGAUGGUGGCUGACAUCGAGGCAAAACAUGCUAAAUCUUUGGAGGACUUCCGCUCGGUCGAUGCUUGCGUCCUUACUGAAGAGGAUAAGCGGAUGUCUCCAUUCGUGGAAGAGGAUGACAUUCCGGCCGCGAACGUGACCCAGAGCGCGCAGGAUCCUGCGAGGGGCGAGCAGUUUGGUUCCAACGAGGACAUCCUUAACGCUGAUCGGGCUGCUACUUCGAAGACUGCUUAG